GCUUGUCAUUCGCAUUAACUACCCUUUGACGAGUCCCAUAGCUCGUAGGGCGUAUCAUUCAGAACUAUGUAUGUGGGUAAACAGUAUCAACUAGGCAAUCGAACUGCACCUCCAACAUACGGACAACCAUGUGACCAUGUCAUCAACCAGAAGAAGAAUCAAGCUUUCAGUUUUCUUCUGCAACUUGCGUCUGCCGAGCUGUUCUCGAACCUCACGCGCUCGUUUGCGGCGAUACUCCCGAAUGCGACCGGGUGCGGUUAUGCUUCACCUUUUGUAUACACAGUACAUAACCGCAACCAUCCGCUUGACCCACUGGGCGGCGAUCUUUUCAAACAAUCCCGAGUAGGUCUACCGUUGUCACGGGAUUCUCAUAGCCGACGCGCUGAGAGAUCACGGGUUAGAGUUUAUGAUCGUUUAGCGCGACUGUAUUGCUUAGUCAGUCUCUUUAUGCAUCAACCAUAUGUUUUACAUGCAACAUCUGAAGUCGAUAAUGGUAUAUAUACACAGGUAACUUGAAAAUCAAACGCUGAAAAGAACGUAAGACAAAUCGAAAUCACGCAGUAAGCAAUAAAAAUCAAUAGCGGAACAGGAAACGAUUUAGCACCGUUGAUGUAAUGCAUCCGUGACAAGGGUGUAGGAUGCUUGCAUCAUGUAUUCAUUCCUCCCAAAAAUCACCCAUGUAGGCACAUAACCAAACUCGUGUGUAUUCUCAUUAGGAUAGUAUUGUGUGCCAGUCGCAGUAAGACCAUCGAAUUACGUGGCAGCUAUUCCCCGUGUGGCAGGCGAUUAUCGGUGGUAUCACUCGUAAGCAACGCGCACGCGU